UUAGGUAGUUAAGGACUUAAGACAUGUGAAGAGAUAUUAGAGAAACGUAGAAGGAACUAUAAGAAAAGGAACAGUUCGAAUGCAAAAUGACUCAUCAGCUGAAGCUGAUUCAUUUCCUGUUGUCUGUUCAAAUAUGCCAGAACUAGAAAAGUGAGAUAAAAGGCAACCUGGCAUUUCAAAUGCACAGCAAAGACCAUUUUUGUAGCUAAAAUGUUUUGCCACUCUCUGUGAAAUCAACAGAGUGACUGGAGAAUGACAGAAAUCCGUCUGUUCUUUGGUGUUUUGGUAUUCCUGAAUCUCUCUAUUUCCUGCUAUUUUUAUGACUCAAAUACUUUGCCAGAUAUUGGAAAUGCACAUUUUAUUGAGGAAUGUGUCAGAAUGCAUAACAAUUUCCGAUCCAGCGUGAAUCCAUCAGCUAGCAACAUGAAACGGAUGAGCUGGGACCAUGAACUAGCAAAGACAGCCAAUUCCUGGGCAAAGAUGUGCCAAUUUCAACAUAAUGCUGAUCUCAAAGUACCAGGGAAGGCCCACCCCAACUUUACAGCAGUUGGAGAAAAUAUUUGGACUGGCUCCCUUCACCUUUUUAAUGUGACUGUGGCCCUCACUGACUGGUACAAUGAAGUCCAAUAUUACAACUAUGCCACCCAAAACUGCAAUUAUGUAUGUGGACAUUACACUCAGAUGGUUUGGGCAACAAGCUACAAAGUCGGUUGUGCUGUUCACUUCUGUCCUAAAGUAAAAGGAUUUAAUAUACCUAAUGCUGCACUCUUCAUUUGUAACUAUGGGCCUGGUGGGAAUUAUCCAGCAAGGCCAUAUAAAACAGGAGCUGCAUGCAGUGACUGUCAUGAAGAACCAUGUGCAGACAGACUCUGUGGUGAAGUUUGGGAGGAGCCACCUUGUGACCAGUACUGCAUCACUAUUCUAAUACUGAGACCAUCUUUAGCUUUUGUAACUUUGGGAGUAGUCUUUCUUGUGAAGCAGCAUUAUCCUACAAUGUAUAUGUAUGACUCAACUAGCAACAAACAUAAAAAAGUAAAUAGCUGAACUGUGUGGGGGAAAUACAAAAAACAUGGUGGGAUAAAUGUAGCCACCUGGCAUAUGACAUUAAGAGAUUAAAUGUCAAGUCAUAUUCCUUAGGUGUGCUUUGAAACUGGAGUAGCCAACAAUUCCCAUCAUCGCUGGCCAUCCUCAUUAGGGUUGCUGGGAGUUUAAGUCAAACCCCUGGAGGCCACCAUGCUGGCUUAUCUGUAACUGCUUUGAAGUUAUUUCAAAGGAUGGGCCAGUUGCUUAAAAAGUUGCAUGCAGCAGAAAAAAGACAUCAGGUUCAAAAGGUAUGGUUUACACGAUUUCUUCACCAUAAAAUAUCAUUAUUAGUGAUUUAAAAGUGAACAGCCAGAGUUUGCAUUAUUAUGCCCAUUUGUGCACAUGGGUCCUGCUGAUCUCAGCACUAUUUAAAUAAUGCAAUUCAGUGGUCAGUUGCAGUGGAAAAGUGCCUCUCUCAAAUUAACAAAAAACCACUGUUCAGAAAUACCAACACACAUAUAAAAAUAAUGUAAACUGCAGAUUUUGGUAGACUUUAAAUACAAACAAAUUUACAACUGUACUUGGAAAAACAAGAUUUAACAUUCUCAUAGAGAAACACUCUUUCAAAAGAGUUACACACAACAGUAUCACAAAUAAAUGCCAAGCACAGGUGUGUGCAGGCAUUCGCCUAAAUAUGCUAACACUCAAGUGUGGAUAGAGGGCAUUCAAGCUCUGCAUCAAUAUCUUCACAUCCCGUGUUGAACAGAGAAGGUCUGCAGGUUGCUUGAAUAGAAACAAAACCCUCCAUGAGAUCAGGGGCCCUGAAAAAGCAAAUGCUUUCAGCAAAUGCAAGUAGUAGCCCUCAACAGACCUUCCCUAUGCAUCAUGGGGGGAUUUCAUGCACACCCCUAUCAGCACUCACACUUUCAACCAUUUGUGUUCAGGCAAAUACAAAGCAUGUUCAGUCAAUAUUCAUACACCAUAGAAAAUCUUAGCGGUAAUACUGUGUAUGCAAAAAGUCUUCAUAUUAAAAGCUUUGAGUUACCCAUUUUGUUCAGAAUGCAACAGAACAAGCUGUCAGUUUUACGUUCUGCAAGCCUUGAAUCGCUGUUUUCAGCCAGCAGAGAAAGUGAGAUUUUCAAAUGUUUUGAUGUUCACUGGCAAUAUGACAAUAAAGUCAAUUAUAAAUCUA